AAUUCCUCUCCAAGAUGCAGAGUACAGGGGUUGGGACUUUCAGCUGGCUAUACUUGCUGCUGAUAUUACAGUCUUCUCCCUCUUUCUCCCAGAGAUCAGAAUGCAUUAAGCUGAAUUCCUGCAAAUGUAUAAUGAAGGAUGGAUCAGGAGUAAUUAACCUAGCAGCAGUGGGUGACGAUAAUGGAUUUCUGGCAAGGGAUAAAUCUCUUACAACUAGUUCGUCUGGGGAUUCUGAUCUUAAUAUUCUUUACUCAUUUAGCCCUUGUCGUCCAUUUAGUGAACCUUUCAUGUUUGCUUCUGACUGUUCGGAUGUGGCUGUUUGCCUGAUCUUCAGAUACCAAGCCCAAGGGAGAGAGAAUGUGAAUUUUCACAACUAUGGGAGGCACAAGCUGAAUGAGUUCAAUUAUGAUAACAAGUCAAAAAUUCUCACUGUCACCUAUUCAGGCACCAUAAUGUUUGGGACACAUGGCUUCACAGCUGUUUGUAAUUGCUCAGCAUCACCCAGCAGUUCACGGCAGACAGUGGUUCGAUACAUUUGCAGCUCCAGUCGCUCAGUGACUCCCUCUCAAGAACCAGAGAAUCCCGAUGUGUUAUGGAUUUCUAUCGAUAGCCCUUGUGCCUGCCCCAACAGCUGCAAGCCUACCGAUGUGGGUCCAGGAACCAUCAUCUUAGUGGUGUUCAGCAUAACUAUUACAGCCUACUUCUUGUUUGGCUUGUGUGCAUUCGAUCCAGUCAGAACUCCGAAUGGCAUCGAAAUUAUUCCCAAGGAAAACAUCUGGUUAAGCUUGUGCUUUGCGUGUGUGAAAAGAAGAAAGAGCACAAGACAGAGACAUAACCGAUUAAGCAAUAUACCAGAUUAGCUUCUUUUGAUCUGCAAUACACACACACACACACACACACAGUAUUUGCUGCAAAACAUUCAGAUUUCAUUUUCCUUCCCUAUUCAGAUCGAAUGUAUUUAAAAUGUGGUGUUAUUUUAUAGAAGUUAGCUCAACAGCUUUGAAAGACAAACUAAAGCAUAUUUCCCCAUAGAUUUAAAGCAAAAUAACUCAUGAUGGUGCAUCAAUUAUUUCCAAAAUCUUUGUGCUGAGGUUCUGGCAAAUGUUUUCUGGGGACUUCUUGUUAAAACCAACACUUUGGGAGUUAAACAUUUUAACACGAGGUUGGGAGUAGAAUAUUUAUUGCUUAUGAAUUCACAAAUCAAUGAUAGAAAUUCAUCCAAUGUGUUGUAAGAAUUUGAGAGUACAAUUACUAUUUUAAUCAAUUGGUGAUCCAGAACCCUGAAUGAAUGACCCAGUGAAUAAAUUCAAAAAAUGGCUGUUCAGGAA